AUGUCGCCAGCCAUCUUACUCUGCAUCUGCUUGCUGUCCCUCUCCACCUUCCCUUCCACUCCCCAAGCCACCGUCCCUCCCUCCGACCGAUUCACCUUCAGCAACGAUGGCGAUUUCGGCGACUACAUAGUCGAAUACCGCGCGAACUACCGCGUCUCCUCCAUCGCCGCCAUCCCAUUCGAGCUCUGCUUCUACAACACCACUCCAGGGCAGUACACCUUGGCCCUGCGCAUGGGCACCGUGAGGUCGGAGGCGCUGAUGCGGUGGGUUUGGGAGGCCAAUCGCGGCAACCCGGUCGGCGAAAACGCCACAUUUUCCCUCGGCGCAAAUGGGAACCUCGUCCUUGCACAUUCCGACGGCCGAAUCGCCUGGCAAUCAAACACUGCCAACAAGGGCGUAGUUUCGUUCCAGCUGCUCAACAAUGGCAACAUGGUGCUGAAAAAUUCCAAGGGCGGAUUCGUCUGGCAGAGCUUCGAUUCACCCACGGACACCCUCUUGGUGGGGCAGUCGCUCCGGGCCGGAGCCGCAUCCAAACUGAUCAGCCGAGCAUCGGUUGAAGAGAACAAGAACGGUGCCUACAGUUUGGUUCUGGAGCCCAAGGACUUGGCCAUGUAUUUCACUGGGGCAAAUAGUCGAACACCUUAUCGGUACUUCUCAUUCAGCGGGGCAGGCCGCCUCUUCCUCCCGGACAACACCACCACACUCAACACCACUUUCAACGCGAACCUGGAUCUCGAGACCAAGGUCACCGAUUCCACCGCCGGCGGCGGUGGCACUUUCUUCAAAAACCCGCGGUUCAACACCACUCUGUCGUACCUCCGCCUGGAAAUCGACGGCAAUUUGAGGAUCCACACCUUCAUAAUCAGCACCGAUUCCGACGGGUUCGAGACCCAGCUGUGGGAAAUCGCGGUGACCGUGUUCUCCGAAGACGAUCCGUGGGCUCUGGAGACGAAAUGCCAGCUGCCGGGGCGGUGCGGGGAGUUCGGCGUCUGCGAGAACAGCCAGUGCGUCGGCUGCCCGACUCCGACCGGGCUGCUGGGUUGGAGCAGCGGUUGCACGGCGCCGAAGCUGAGCGACUGCGGCGGCAAGAAGAAGAAGGAUUUCAAGUACUUUGAGCUGAAGGGGGUGGAUCACUUUGUGGUGAAGUAUACGAGAGGCGACGCGCCGGUGAAGCAGCAGUCGUGCGCCGACAAGUGCAGCAAGGAUUGCCGGUGCUUGGGGUACUUCUACCACACUGAUGCGUCGAGGUGCUGGAUUGUUGAGGAGCUGAAGACGAUGAGCAGAGUGGCGAAUUCGACCCAUCUGGCUUAUAUUAAGACCUCGCUGUAG